CAAGCUUUUACGUGUGUGGCUACUCCGAGUUACGAUUUUACGUAUUUUUCGGUAUAUAUGGAAACGCAGAAGCGAAUGGAUAGCAGUAUUUGUUGACCGUAUCUAAAAUGCUGCGAGCUAUUUAAAAUGGACGACCCGCAAUUAGACAUUGUGCAGUCAAAACAGUUUUGCUUCAAGAUAAAAUGGAUUCAGAAGAUCAAAAUUUACAAAACGCACACACGUUUUUAUGUCAUUGGGUCAAAUAAUGCUGAAACAAAAUACCGGAUUUUGAAAAUUGAUCGAACGGAUCCUUGGCAACUUAACAUUAUAGAUGAUGGGGUUGAUUACACUGCAUGUGAAGUCCAAGAUAUUUUAUAUCGUCUCCAUGUUGGUAACAGCACAACGCUAAUCAACAAAUCUCUCAAGCGAGGUUUAGUUGAGUCUUAUAAAGGAUUUGGGAUUGUGGGUUUCAUCAGGUUUAAAGAAGGUUACUACUUGAUUCUAAUCACCAAACGUAUUAAGGUUGCUGAGAUAGGUGGACAUAGUAUAUACAAGAUAGAAGAUACUUCAAUGAUUAAUAUUCCAAACAGCAAUGUUAAAGUGACACACCCAGAGGAAUGGAGAUAUUUACGAAGUUUUCAAACUGUGGAUCUGUCAAGCAACUUUUACUACAGUCACAGUUAUGACCUCACAAAUAACCUUCAACAUAAUUUUAUGUUGUUACAUCAUAAUAGAAGUGAUGAUGUCAUAAAGCGACCAAAAUUAUGGCAAACUCAUGGUCGAGACAUGAAACCUUGCAAAAGAUUUGUUUGGAAUAAUUAUCUAUUGGAUGGUUUACAAGAUGAUCAUAUCACUGAUAUAUGGGUGUUGUAUGUUAUACAUGGACAUAUUGACCAAAGCUGUGUCAGUGUAUAUGGAAAGUCAAUCUACAUAACUUUAAUUGGAAGAAGAUCAUCUUCUUAUGCUGGAACCAGGUUCCUAAAGAGAGGUUGCAAUGUUAAGGGAGAUGUAGGGAAUGAAGUUGAAACUGAACAAAUAGUUCAUUGCGCUACUUCAUCGUCAUUACAUCAUACUCCAUUCACAUCAUAUGUUCAACACAGAGGGAGCGUGCCUUGUCAGUGGUUCCAAGAUAUAACAGCAAGCGUUGUGCCUUCAAAACCACCCAUUACAAUUACAUCCGACAACCCAUAUGCGCAACCCACAAGUCUACAUUUCCAACAAUUAUUAGAAAGGUUUGGAAGCCCAGUGGUUGUGUUGAAUUUAGUCAGAAAACGAGAGAAAAGAUUUCAUGAAUCUGUUCUUGGAAUUGAGUUUUCAUCAGCGAUUAAUUAUCUUAACCAAUUCCUCAGCACAAAGCAGCAGAUUAAGUAUCAUGCAUUUGACAUGGCCCAUUCUCUACGAGGUACAAAGUUAAACGUGUUAGCAUGGCUGGCUAACAUUGCUGAGCAUUCAAUACAAGCAACUGGAUUUUUCCAGUCAAAACCAGAUUUAUACAAAGACACAUUGAAUAAGGACCACAGAUGGCGGACAUUGGGGGGUCAAAGGUUAGGUUCGUGUCGUGUGCAAACAGGAGUUCUACGAACAAAUUGUGUUGAUUGCCUCGAUCGAACCAACUCAGCACAGUUUGUGGCUGGCAACUGUGCGUUGGCGUAUCAACUUUAUUCACUUGGUGUGCUGGAUGAACCAGCUAUUGAGAUUAAAACAGAUGUGACCAGACUCUAUGAAGAAAUGUUUGAAACCCAUGGUGACAUCAUUGCUUUACAAUACGGAGGUUCACAGUUGGUUCAUACCAUCAACUCAUAUAGAAGAACUGUUGCACCAUGGGCAUCACAUUCACGUGAUAUUGUGACAACAUUAUCACGAUAUUACACAAACACAUUCUCAGAUGCUGAUAAACAGUCUGCCAUCAAUUUAUUUCUUGGGGUUUUCCGUCCACAAACCUCAGAAAGCCCCAUGUGGGAACUCCCCACAGAUCACUACCUUCACAACAAUAACAACGAUGUUCUCUCAACAUUCUCACCAAAGACUUACACGGAUUGGUUGAGUAGCGAUGUUCAAAGGACCCUGCCUUUACCCAAGGAAAUGAUUGAGAGUGUUAGAAAAUUGAACAGCGCGACAGAUGAAGCAUGCCAUGGGGUAAAUACAACUCACUGUGAUGAUUGUGUAGAUUGGUACCAGGAUACUUACAGACCUGAUCAACUUACUGUGUUUGAUGAAUGUUUUUCAUUAAAUAUGACUUCUACUGCUACAAGGUCUGGCAACCAAAAUGACAUCAGUCCAUUUGCAGUGCGAGAUUUUUCAUGGCAAUCUCGUGGCGACUUGGAUAAGAAACCAAAUCGCCCCGCUUCUGUCCCACAAAGUUCGGAUGUUAGUUCAAAUGGAACAUCAGACAGUGGAGAGUUCGAAUCGCCGAAGAUACCGACACAUGACCGUGAUCGAUCGUCCAAGCAUGUCCAGUCACAUGACCUGCCGUGGCUGCACCCACCAAGGCUCAAGGAUUUUUCACCUUCCUCUGUUUAUGGGAUAGAAGAAAACAAAAUGAUUUCACAACAAGAUAUUGAUGUUUAUGAACGUUAUGUUAAGUUUAAAAGUCAAGAAACAUUUUCCGAAGCUUUGAAUUUUGCGCAAGAUCAAUUGUUUACCUCGCCACCCAGUGUUGACCAACAAUCACUCCGAAUAUACAAGGAAUCAGUGACGCACACCUACCAUGUUGAUCGGCAAUAUUAUGUUGAUUAUGUUAAUCAGUUUAAGCAAUGAAUAAUAUAGGUUAAUCCGGCAACACCUAUUUAACAUGCGUGUGCAGUUUUUCUUGCUGGAUUAGUUCCUUAAUGUAGCAAGUAUUUAUAUCUCAGCGCAAUAAAAAAUUACUUGUUAAGAUAUAACUUCAAGAAAUUUCUAUACUAUUUCUAGCACAAUGAUUGUAUGCUGUUGCAGUAUUUCAUCAUUUAUAUCAUUAAAAUAACUAUGAAGUAGUUUACGUUGUAUGUGCAAUAAAUGUUGUUUACUAUACUUGAUUGUAGCUCGUUGUUGUAUUAUGUACGUAUGUACACCGUUGAUUUAAGUGAAAAACUUCAAAUCGAUAUUUUAAACAUAAACAAUGGCGCAUAUGG